CACUCUCACGCCGAGUGGAUCUCGUCCACGCACGCCGAUCUCAAAAGGACCCGGCGUGACAUGAAGCCUGACAAUGCGAGGCCAUCCUUUCCCUCGUCGUGCGUAAAACCUCCCCAAGUGGACUAUUUGCAGUGCAAGAGUGGACGAAUGGAAGCUCCACGCAGGAGGAGGGGGAGGACGGCGCUCCCUCGUCUUCUAAGAGGAUAAAGAGAGCGUGUAGGGGGGUUAUUUUUAACCGGACUCUUGUGGACUCUCUUCCCCGGGGCACGAUGAGCGGCGGACCGGAUGAGAGCUCGGUGCGUGUGGCGCUGAGGAUUCGUCCUCAGUUGGCCAGAGAGAAGAUCGAAGGCUGCCACAUUUGUACGUACGUGAUGCCCGGGGAGCCGCAGGUGGUCCUGGGCAAGGACAAGGCCUUCACGUACGACUUUGUUUUCGACAUGGACACCCAGCAGGACGCCAUCUACGGCCACUGCACCGAGAGUCUCAUCGAGGGCUGCUUCGAGGGCUACAACGCCACCGUAUUUGCAUACGGACAGACCGGCUCGGGGAAGACAUACACCAUGGGGACCGGCUUCGACGUCAACAUCGGCGAGGACGAGGUGGGUAUCAUACCCAGGGCCGUCAACCACCUGUUUCGGGGCAUCGAGGAGCGCCGGCAGGCUGCGACAGAGCAGGGAAAGCCCGUCCCAGAGUUCAAGAUCAACGCGCAGUUCCUGGAGCUGUACAACGAGGAGGUGGUGGACCUGUUCGACGCCACGCGGGACGUCGAGGCCAGGCGGCAGAAGUCCAACGUCCGCAUCCACGAGGAUGCCAACGGAGGCAUCUACACGGUCGGCGUCACCACGCGCAGCGUUGCCUCUGCGGCCGAGAUGAUCCAGUGUCUGAAGCUGGGCGCUUUGUCCCGAACCACGGCCAGUACUCAGAUGAACGUGCAGAGUUCACGCUCCCACGCCAUCUUCACCAUCCACCUGUGCCAAGUUCGAAUGUGCUCACCGGACAAUGAUAACGCGACAGACAACCGUCUGGAGGGCGGCUCUGGCAUCGACGAGUUCGAGACGCUGUCGGCCAAGUUCCACUUCGUCGACCUGGCCGGCUCCGAGAGGCUGAAGAGAACCGGAGCCACGGGAGACCGAGCCAAAGAAGGGAUCUCCAUCAACUGUGGACUGCUGGCCCUGGGCAACGUGAUCAGCGCGCUUGGUGACAGGAGUAAGCGGUCAACGCACGUGCCUUACCGAGACUCCAAGCUCACUCGCCUGCUGCAGGAUUCACUUGGCGGGAACAGUCAAACGGUGAUGAUCGCGUGCAUUAGCCCGUCCGACCGUGACUUCAUGGAGACCCUGAACGCCCUGAAGUACGCCAACCGGGCGCGGAAUAUCAAAAAUAAGGUCAUGGUGAACCAGGAUCGAGCGAGUCAGCAGAUCAGCGCCUUGAGGACGGAGAUGGCGCGCCUGCAGAUGGAGCUGAUGGAGUACAAGACGGGGAAGCGCAUGGUAGGCGAGGAUGGUAUGGAGGGCAUCAACGACUUGGUCCACGAGAACGCCAUGCUACAGACAGAAAACAACAAUUUGAGGGUGAGGGUGAAGGCCAUGCAGGAGACCAUCGACGUGCAGCGAGCCAGACUCACUCAAAUCCUCAGUGAUGGAGCCAACCAGGCGCUGGCCAAAGCAGGUGAAGGUACUGAGGAGAUUGGCAACAUGAUCCACAACUACAUCAAGGAAAUUGAGGAGCUCCGAGCCAAACUCCUGGAGAGCGAGGCCCUCAACGAGAACCUCAGGAAGAGCCUCUCGCGCGCCUCCACUCGCUCGGCGCUGUACGCCGGCCCCGCCUCCUUCUCUCCCGCCCUCUUCGCGCCCGAGAAAGAAGCCAGCGACGUCAUUGAGCUGGCCAAGAAAGACCUGGAGAAGCUCAAGAAGAAGGAGAAGAGGAAGAAAAAGAGACUGAGGCAGUGCCACCGGGACGGUCGCCACCAGAACGCCAGUGCUAUAAAGGGAGAAGUUCCGGACAAUGACCAGCAGCAAGGCAGCAAUGACGCAGAGGUGGAGGGCAGUGACCACGAGGAAGGCGAGGAUGGCGAGGAAGAGGACUCGGACACUGCGGGAGAGGAGACGUCCGAUGAGUCCGACGCGGAGGAGUUGGAGGAAAAAGAUGACGUCCAGGCCGACCUGGCCAACAUCACGUGCGAGAUCGCCAUCAAGCAGAAGCUGAUCGACGAGCUGGAGAACAGCCAGCGGCGCCUCCACACGCUCAAGCAGCAGUACGAGCACAAGCUGGUGAUGCUGCAGAAUAAAAUCCGAGACACGCAGCAGGAGCGGGACAAAGUGCUGCAUAACAUGGGUUCAGUGGAGUCGUGCACGGAAGAAAAAGCCAAGAGGAUCAAGGCCGAGUACGAGAGGAAGCUGAGCUCCAUGAACAAGGAGCUGCAGAAGCUCCACUCGGCCCAGAAGGAGCACGCGCGCCUGCUCAAGAACCAGUCGCAGUACGAGAAGCAGCUCAAGAAACUGCAGCUCGACGUCACCGAGAUGAAGAAGACAAAGGUGGCGCUGAUGCGUCAAAUGAAGGAGCAACAGGAGCGAAACAGAGCCACCGAGUGCAAGAGGAACAGGGAGAUUGCCUCUUUGAAGAAAGAUCAGCGCAGAGCUGAGCAUCAAGUCAAGCAGCUUGAGGGGCAGAAGAGACAGCAGGAGUUAAUCCUACGCAGGAAGAAUGAAGAGGUGACUGCUCUGAGGCGUCAGGUGAGGCCAGUGUCCGGCAAGGUGAGCAGAAAAGUCACCUUACCUGACACCUUCCCGGAGCUUUCCCAUCGGAGCGCUCCGGGAAGGCCGCACUCCUCUGGAACGUCGACGUCCAACGGAGCCAGGAGUUCUUCGGUGCGGAUGGGAAGUAGCUACCUCAGCCGGACCGCCAGGACCAAAUGGCAGUCACUGGAGCGACGCGUCAGUGACAUCAUCAUGCAGCGGAUGACCAUCUCCAACAUGGAAACGGAUAUGAAUCGACUCAUGAAGCAAAGGGAGGAGCUGACCAAACGUAGGGAGCGAGUAUCCAGGAAGAGGACCAAGAUGGCGGCGGAGGGGGUCCCGGACUCCGAGCGCUCUCUAACCUCCUUCAACGAGGAGCUCGAGUCCCUGGGCGCUAACAUCGACUACAUCAACGACAGCAUCGCAGACUGCCAGGCCAACAUCAUGCAGAUCGAGGAAGCCAAGGAAGAAGGAGACACAGUGGACGUGACGGCGGUGGUCAGUUCGUGUAAUCUAUCAGAGGCCCGCUUCCUUUUGGACCAUUUUGUGACAAUGGCCAUCAAUAAGGGCCUGCAGGCGGCUCAGAAGGACUCCCAGCUGAAGGUGAUGGAGGGUCGGCUGAAGCAAACGGAGAUCAAGAGCACCACGCAGAACCAGCUGCUGUUCCACAUGCUUAAGGAGAAAGCCGAGAUCAACCCCGAGCUGGACGCCCUGCUCGGGAGUGCCCUCCAAGAGUUAGGUUACCUGUCACCAGAGAAUGGGGAUGAAAGCAGCAGUGAUGAGUCUACCACCAGCCUGUCUGCAGAGAGCAGCACACUGCCGUCAGAUGUGAUGAAGUUCUGUGGCGAAUCCCGUCCCAGAAGUAAGGCUCGCAGGAGGACCACGACCCAGAUGGAGCUUCUCUACGCCGCCUCUGGAGAUCCACCCUUCGAUUCGCCCACAGCAGACUUCUCAGGUCCUUCGUUUCCCCUCGCCGAGCACCAGGACGGACCUGCGGACCCAGGCCGAGAAUCCCCAUCUUCUCUCUCGGCUCGCUCACCUGGCAUCUUCCGAUCCAGGUCACCGACAAGCACUGCUGAGAGGAAGCAGCUCGAGCGCUCACCCCUUACUCGCAGAAAAAUACAAGAAAAGGGACCAACAGCUUCACCAGGGGAUGCUAAAAAUCGAGGAAAUGAAUCAAAAAUACAAGGCAUAAUCAACCCUGUACCACCCCCUAAGACCAGUCGGGCGGCCAAACUCCAAUGUGUGCACAUCGCUGAGGGACAUACCAAGCCCGUCCUCUGCGUGGAUGUCACAGAAGAUCUGCUCUUUACUGGAUCCAAAGAUCGAACGUGUAAGGUGUGGAACUUGGUGACCGGUCAGGAGAUCAUGUCUUUGGCAGACCAUCCCAGCAGCGUUGUCUCAGUCAGGUACACUUCCAGCCUCGUCUUUACGGUGUCUGCUGCAUACAUAAAAGUGUGGGACAUACGAGAUUGUGCAAAAUGUAUAUGCACGCUUACGGCUUCAGGUCAAGUUGAUACAGGUGGCACCUGUUCCUCAGCCAGGAGUUUUUCCAUCCCUCCAGGGGAGAGUCAGAUCAACCAGAUCGCCAUCAAUCCUGCCGGUUCUUUCCUGUACGCUGCCUCAGGGAAUGCAGUACGCAUGUGGGAUCUGCGAAAGUUUGCCUCCACGGGGAAGCUCACUGGCCAUUUGGGUGCGGUCACAUGUCUGACGGUCGAUAAGUUGGGUAACGGACAAGACCUUGUGCUGACCGGCUCCAAAGACCAUCACAUUAAAAUGUUUGAGGUGACAGAAGGGGCUCAGGGGAGCAUCAGCUCCUGCCACACAUUGGACCCCACUCAUCAGGACAGCGUGGAGUCCCUGGCUUUGCACGAAGACUUUGUCUACAGCAGCUCCAGAGACUACUACAUCAAAAAGUGGGACUUGGCCAGUAAGCGGCUCCUGCAGCAGUCAGUCAGCGCCCAGACGGACUGGAUUAGCGCUUUGGGCGUGGUUCCCGGCUCUUCGGCGCUGCUCAGCGGAUGCCGAGGAGGCCUGCUCCGCCUGUGGCACCCUGACUCACUAGCGCCCCUCGGUAACAUCCGAGGCCACGACGGCCCUAUUAAUGGCCUGGCGACCAACAGCUGUCAUCUGUUCACCGCCUCUGAUGACCGCACAGUGAAGAUUUGGGAAGCCAAAGGAUCUCUCGAGGAUGGAGUUCAUUGACAGGUCCAGAAAAUGCCUGAUCUAAAGGUGAUUUGGGACCAUAAACCCCGAUUUUGCUUCGAUUUGAAUCCUUCUCGUGCAACAUUUUGCUGGCUUGCACUCAUUUUUUUGUGUACAAGACAUUUUCGAAGCCUGGAUAGUUAACGUUUCGCUUCACCAGCAAUACUUUGGACUUUUCUAUGUGCAUCUUUCCAGCCUUCACAUUGUGAAUUCAACGACCAAAAUACUACUGAAGCUGCAUUGUGCUCUUAUUCUCCUGCUAAAGUGGUAGCUGCAAGAAGAUUCGGUAAAGUAAAUGGGUUAUAUUAUUUUCUAUUCUUUGUUGGGCCAGACACUUCAUUAGGUGUACUGGCCUAAUACAAUGACAGCUUUCCGUGUCGCUGAAAGCUACCAUAAAGCACCUGUAGCCUUAAGGGUUAAUGCAGCACAAACAGGAAAAAAAAAAAACGUGUUGUCUUUGUGUAGUGCAACGUUACAAUGAGAAGUGCGCAUGUUUUUUUUCUCAGUCAAGCCGCCAUUUACUGUUCACCUCCCCAUCUAGUCUGGACAAAUUGGGAGUCCUGUGUCCUGAAAAUGUGAGUUAAACUGCUGUUUUUUUGGAAUAUAUUUUUGUGUGUGUUGUCAUAUCAGUCAGUAACUGCUCAGAAAUGAUGGGUAGAUAAUUGUAAAAAGAUGUAUGUCCUCAUCUUCACAAAAUUAAAAAUCGACUUCAUUUCAUUUGCACUUGAUUAACAUUGCUGAAAGAGUUAUUCCCAAGUUGUAAAUCUGAUUUCCCCGUUGUAUCUGAAAUCACAUUUAUGAGGAUUUUUUUGUUGUUUUUUUGUUUUUUUUUGAGUGUACGUGUUGAGUGGAAUUAUCAUUGUUACACUCUUCCUGCUGAAUAUGUUGUAUACAAUUGAGGCUGCAGUGUGAGGAUAAAUACAAAAAGUACAGUAUGGAUUCAGGGUUUCUUGUUCUUUUGGUUUAUUUUUGGGUAAGUGUAUUAAUGGCUGACGGCCACAUGAUGGUAGCAAUGUGCAAUUACAGGGCAUGCACUUGAUUUCAAAAAUGGUAUUCAACUUCUAUUCCAUAACAAGGUGGUAAGAAAGCUUUUGCCAAUUUUAUUAUGUAGACAGCUAUUCCAGCUUACACAAGAGAAAUAACAC